AUGGCUUCUCUCAUGCAGUCUGUCCCAGCCUCCGCCGUUCGCAAGCAGUCGACGGUCGUGUCAGGCUAUAUUCAACGCGCUGCGCAGCCCGUUGCCUCCUUCGCGAUACGUAGCUCAGUGUCUUGCAACUGUUCCCAAUCUAGAUUGAUCAGCUCUCAAACAGCUUUCCAAUCUCAACGCGCUUCUUCCAAAUCAUCCUUUUCCACGCAGCAACGCCGGACAUUCCUCGCCCAACUGAAGCGUCAAUCCCAAACCCUCAAAGUGAACAGCACUCCCAGCAUCACCACCCCUCCCCCAGCAGCCGCCAACCUGUCCCUCACAAACCUCCCAUACUUUGUUCGCCGGACACCGUCAAACCAACUUCCCAUUUACCUCGUCACCAAGGCCGGCGGGACCAAGCAGCAGACCAAGAUUCAGAAGACAGAAGGUGAUCUGGACGCUUUCAGACGCGACCUUGCCCUGUACCUGGGACUCGAGUCCGCCGAGCGCAAUGCUGCAAAGAGCUCCGAUAUUACCAUCAACCGACUAACCGGGCACAUCAUCGUCAAGGGCUGGCGAAAACCCGAAAUCCAAAAGUUCAUGCUUGAGCGUAAUUUCUAA